AUGUGGCGGCUACUAUUGCUGCAAGGUGGAGAGGACAUCCUUGUACAUGCUGGAAGGCCACUACGACCUGAAGGCAGCUUGAGUUCUUCUGCGUUGGAAGACCUCCUUGACGAGGAUGCCCGCUUGCCCUAUGUGAAGUGUCUACCUGUGUCACACUGUGUCCGGCACGGACGUGAAGGCGUCCGCAGCAUGAGUACGUCUUGGCGCAGCUUCGCGGGUGCUUUGUGGCACCACAUGGGCUCCAUCUCCAGACCUGGGUGGCGGCGCUUCUUGGGCCAAGCACUUGCUCACCAUCUCUGCCGUGCCGAGAGAGUUGAGGUCUGUGCCGAGAACGCUGGCUUAUGCCCAUUGGGAUGUCUGACGGCCCAUUUGACUCUGCUCCUUAGCGCGCCCAGAUCUUAUCGACUUGAUGGCCUUUUCACUCCAAACAAAGUGCCGAUGAUCUGGGAGCAGCUGGGAGUUGGCUUGGGCUACAUACUAUGGAACCCCACGGGUUUCAAGCUUUUGGAUGUGCUUUACAGUGGCUGGCCAAUCUUUGCGCUCUUACGAGAGCUACGUUGGAAAUUGAUUAGGCUCAAAGGCAGUGAGGCCGACGAAUAUCGAGAUCUUCAUCGCCUUCGAAGGUCCAUGAUGUUUGACGGUCCACUGGAUGCAGCAAUGGCGCGCAUCAUUUGCAUCUACCAGCCGAAGAGGAUUGAGGAAACUAGCUGCCCAGUGCUUGAGGCAGAGAAUGCCUUGGAGAAGGCGGAGGAGAUGGUCUUCCAGAAGACAACAUCGAUUUGGCAGUCUCAUGAAAAGCAUUCGGCCUUUGAAAAGCUCUUGACGAAAGCAGAGACAGAGCUGCGACGGCUCUUGCCGUGGUUCCAAGCUCCAGCGGAGGAAUUCCAAUCGCCUGCUGCGAGAUUGGCUGUAGGUUUGUUGAUUGCUGGUGAUGUGGCUUUGCCUCGGCUGGAGCGCUUGCAGAGACAGCUGAGACGCUUUACCUCGAAGGCACAACCCCUGGGUGACUACCCGUCGUGUGGGUCAGAGCUUCCCGAACAAGGGGCACUUGUAGCGGAGGCAAGAUACGUGCAAGGACUCUUCAAUCAGUUGAGUCGGCCAGUCUUGACGGGUGGCCAACCUCGAGCCCAACCCAAGGAGGCUUGGGUCACAUUUCUUUGGGGAGGCAGCGGGACAGCUGAACGCCGUGCAUGGAUCUAUGGAGAGGCCAUCCGAACUCUGGCACAUUCCGUUCGUCGGGUGGAGGUGAGAUUUUCUCGUCCAUUCCUUGUCCUCACUGUGGGCCUCCUACCUGGGCUUCUUCUUGAGGAGCUCAAGGCUGAAAACCUCACCGUGAUGCCCGUAAACAUGGAUGCGACACGACCACCAGUCUUGCCGAAGUCUAGGCAUGGCUCUGAUGCGUGGUUUGAAGAGCGUGGCCUCGAACCUGUCUUCCCGCAACUGGCAGCCUGGAGCCUCCCUUUUGAUCGCGUGGUUGUCUUGGAUGCCGACACCCUAGUGCUGGAGAACUGCGACGAACUUUUUGAUCUGGGGCCAGUGCCCUUCGCAUCAGGGUAUGAGAUGCACCAGGAGCAGCUUGACAUCUCUCGUCAUGAUGGAAGUCGCACAUAUUUAUUGAACGCGGGAGUCAUGACGCUGCGCCCUGAUCUACACUUCCUUGAGUACAUGUGGGCUGUGUCUGCCACAGAGGCAUUCCGUGGUCGCUUGGAGCAUUAUGCAGAGGGGACAUUUCCGACCUUUCAGCAGUUCUUGGACAUUUUUCUCCUCGAGGUGACCCUCGGCAACAGCUCAGAUGACAUCAUAAGCUCCAUGAGCUCCGAGUCCGAAUUGUCCUCGAAAUUCCAAUUGGCGGUCUAUGUCAAGAACACCCAGGUGAUGAAGUAUGCUUGGGAUGGUUGGAAUAAAUGCGAUGAGUAUUCCAGUGGCGACGACAAGAAGACCAAGAUGUACUGCGUCAAAGCGAAGACCAUCAAGAUCACCUUUGAGGGUCAAACACGAGGAACCUUCAAAUUCGAAGCCAAUGGAAAGUUUUCUCUCAAAGAGCUCUUCACGGGUAAUCCGAAGCCACUUGGAGACGUAGAACAGUGGCGCAGUGCCAUGCACUGCAUCCAACCUCACUGCAAUGCUAUGGGCUUCCAUCCUAAGGCAACCUGGCGCAGAUGUCGCUUUGGCAUUGUCACGAACAACGAAAACGACUGCAACACCCCUGAUCACAAUGGCGGCGUGGGAUGUGCCACAUCUGCGACCGGAAGUUAUGCAAGCUGUUGCGCCAACUGUCCAGCCAGGGGCUUCAAUACGAAGAUAGAGGUGAUCCCACUGACGUGUGACAAGAGCGUGUGCCCAGAGGACAAAGGGCAGUUUCUCAAUGAAGAGGAUCCACCUGAAUUCUGCGAAGGUGAAGAGUGCACAGUUGAAGAAUGUUGUGUUACCACAACCACGACCACCAAGAGCAACGCAGAGAUGUGGCACUUGUCCUUCUUUUUGGCUCUCCAGGUGCUGAGCUUCCUUUAG